AUGUACGACUCGAGCUGGUUCUCGCUCAAGACUCCACCCACCAUCGACGACGACACCCUCAUCCUUCCCUCGGCCCUCUCCCGCUCCAUAACCACCAGGACCUCCAUGACCCCCAUGACCUCCAUGGCCACCCACCGCCCCUCCACAUCCUCCUCGAACCGGCGGAGAAGUCGUUCUCCAGCCCUCUCCCGACUACGGAGACGCGGUGUCCUCAUCGCCCUCGUCAUCGCGCUUCCAAUCCUAGCCUUCCUGAUUAUGGAAGAGCGGCAUUCCCAGCGCGUCGCACUUGCCAGCUGGGCCGCCGAGUUGGCAGCACGCGAGAACGCAGCGUAUCCCGACCCACAAGGUCGUGUUGAUCUGGCUGCGUGGCGAAACCGCAUCGCCAGUCGCCAGAACCUCGAGCUGGAAAGGAGGGUGGUCGGUGAUGAGCAAGAAGAGUGGCCUGCGUGGUGGGGGAAUGCGGACGAGGUGGGACCUAGCCCGUUCGACCACGUCCCAUCCCCGCUGGACGGGAAGCGGCGCGUUCUCUUCCUAACGGCCUACGACGACUAUCUUCAACGAAUGAAUACUCACACAUACGAAAUUGUUGACGCGGCACUACGCCACCCAAAUGUUAUUGUCGAUGUAUGGGGACCAGGAUGGGCCGGAUACGACUGGGACGUACCUCUCAGCGUCAACGUUAAGCGACGUGCCAACCGCAUUGCACAGCUCGAGGCAAGUCGGACAGAGCAUACGGCUGCUGCGGCAAGGGCACGCCAAGCCGCGGCCCGGGAGCGAUGGGCGUCCGAGCGCAACGACUGGUUCAGGAAGUCUGCACACCCCCAACCGCAAGCUACCGACGUGUCGAACGAGGAGUCCGACUUUGAGCCGUGGAAUACCCCCGAGUGGAUUGAGCGCGUCGACGAGUGUAAUGACGCGGUGCGGUAUGACAUUGUGUGGACGAUCUCGGAUAUCUACAAGGCGAAUGAUAUGCCGCACGUCGACGCGCUAGACUGCGGCGCACUGCUUGUUCAGCAGCUUGGGGAUUGUCACGAACACCGAUGCCUCAAGGAAUGGUAUCCCCAGGCCAACAAUAUCACCGUUACAAAGUACGGUUUCGAGUUGCCUGAACUGUUCAACCUCGCCAACGUACGCAAGGUUUACCCCUCCUUCGAAAUGGGAUUGUUCGGCCACUCGCCAGAUACCGCCAACGAAUGGGAUUUCUACCCUCUCCCCUGGUCCGAGCGAACUGCACAAGCUGUAAUCUUCGGCUUUGACGGUGGGUUCUAUCCCGUCCGAACGACGGUUACGAAUCACCUCCGGAGGUUGGAGCAAGACUCUUCGCUUCCCGCCUCACCAAUCUCACGUCAUCCCCACCCGGGCUAUGACAUAAACUCGGCAGACGAAUAUAAGCAGACCCCGCUCGAGACGUAUGAGAUCGGUCAUCCGUCAUAUCAGAGGCAUCGGGAGCUGAGGCACGACUUUGCCCGCGGAAUGCGGACCGCCCAGAUCUGCGUCUUUGAUUCCAGCCUCGAACGCAAGCUAAUUCGCAAGUACGCCCAGGCGCUGCUUAGCGGGUGUGUCAUUGCGUCGGAUCUGCCGACAGAGCACGAGGAGGCAAUGAUGGGCCUGGUUAUCCGCUUGGAACCAACAUGGGAUAUUGAGCGGAUCGAAGCCGAGAUUAACAAGUAUCUGGCACAACCCGAGGUGCUUCACCAGAUGGCACUUGAUGGCUUCGCAUACGCCCGAAGGCACCUCACCACCACGGCCAAGAUCUCGGAUAUGCUCCGGCUUGUGGAAGCACAUCGCUCUGGCGUGCGGGGAUAUGACCACGCGCACAGCUUCUCCUCCCGAUGUCGGUCCUACUCUGGCCAUGCGCCGCCUCCACCGUGGUGUGACAACCAGGAAGGCCACCGCGGACUCGAGGACAGACUUGAUCCGUUGUAA